AUGUCACGUUCCUACGUGCAGGACCUCGGCCUAAACCAGGUCAAGCCCGAACAGACACCCUCCGCUGCGAGCUCCGACGACGGCCUGGGCGACAGCCUGGACAUGUACACAAACUCGACCUUCGACUUCCUGGAUGCCGACUUUGGGUUCGACACGACUACUACCACUGCUCCCGCCGCGGGAACGGAGGAUGUUGGUGGUACGGCGGAGAAGAAGGUGAUGGACCUGUUCGCGGCAGAGGACAUGUUUGGCGAUCUGGCCGAUGUGGUCCCCGGCCCGUUUGUGGGUGGGUAUGAUAUUAUGGCGAUGCCUCCCAGCCCCUCGGUCCAGAAUAAUGCGUUCGGCGCUUCGCAGUUCCCGAUGUCGCCCCCAGCGCAGUUCACGGCGGCCUCUACGCCUAUGACGGAUGCGUCUCCGGCUACUCCGGCGCCAAAAGGGAGGAAGAAGGCGGCGACGAAUCCGGAGGCUGUGAGUGCGGCUGAUGAAGAUAAGCGCCGGCGUAAUACUGCUGCAUCGGCGCGCUUCAGAGUCAAGAAGAAGCAGCACGAGCAGCAGUUGAAGGAUAAGACGAAGGAGCUGACGGAGCAUGCACUGAAGCUGGAGGAGAGGGUGAGGAAGUUGGAGAUGGAGAAUGAGUUGUUGCGAGGACUCAUUAUUGAGAAGAACGGAGAGGGGGCGGCAUCCCUCGCUGAAGGGGGGAUGGGUUUUGCGGUUUAG